AGAAAGACUUAACAAGUGCAAAACAGUGCAUUAAAGAACCUUGCAAUUUUUUUUUUUUUUCUAAUUUAUAAUCUUUAUUUUGAAGUUAUUGCUUAGUGCUAUUUCGUUAUGGCUUCAUUUUUCGGAGAAGUAAGAGAUUUAUCAUCGCGAGCUGUUGAUGAUGACGAAACAGAAGAUUAUCCAGUAUUCACUUUGACCAGUGAGGUAACUGAUGAUUUUGAAAAAUUCAAAUCUCAGUGUGAACUUGUGCUGUUUGCAGUGGGUGAUAUUUCCACAGCUUUCGUUAAAUGCUAUUUUUGUCAUGAUGAUACUAAAUUAUUAAUGACUGUAAAUUAUUUGUGUGACAGAAAUGAUGAAGAAUCGUUACUAACAUGCCACAUAAAGAAUUCCAUAUAUUCUAAACAAUUGAAAGCGUGUUCUGUAUAUAGCAUAAACUCUAAUGUUGCUGUAUGUGAAAUUCUAUCCAAUGUUCCAGAGGAAAUAAAUGUAAAUUUGUGUAGUAGGGUUUUAAAGCAUCUUCCAUGUGCACGUGCUGUUGUUUUGACCACUUGUCACAUGUCUGCAUAUAAAUGUGUGAAUCCUAAUGAUUCAGAAACAUCAUUCUUACGAUCUCUAGCAACUUCGCAAUAUUUGAUGAAUAACACUUGUAAAAUCCCUACCUUGUCACCACCUAAUUUUUUGGCGAAUUUUCCAGCUGCAGUGUUGACAGAAUUUGAAGUAACUAAUAAACCAGCUGUUGCUGUUAUUUGUUAUGUAGAUUCAAACUCUUUGGAUUCUGUUAGUGUCGAAGUCUUUGAAAGAAUAUUAGAUGAAGAUUUUGUAUCAGGUGUGUCUGUUAAUAGUGAUGCUAAGCAUAGACUUGCAAAUUAUACUGCAGUUCAACAGUCAUGUAUUUCCAAUUUGUAUACUUAAAAAUAAAGAAUUUCUGUGUAUUUA